AUGGAAUAACCACCUGAGUCCAUAUUUGCAUCAAUAGAUAACUGUUUCGAUAACUCAAUUGUCUUUUACUUCCGUAUUCUUAAAUGGAACUUUAUACUAAUGAUCAUCUUCGCCAUACUUCACUUACCAUAAUUAAUAUUCUGCAUUACAGGAAAUAGCAUAUUCAAUUAAUUUCAGCUACAAUUAGAAACAUUUACAGUAGCUAAUAUUGAUAUUUCAAAUGAAACUGCAUUUCUAAUUGGAGUCUUAGGAGAUGCAAUUGGAACACUUCUUUACUUUUUGUCAUUAAUAUAUUUACGAUACAAUGCUAUCAACAAAGAUUCAUAAUUUAAAAUUUCUAGUAUUUCACCUUGGAGUGUAGAAAUAAAUGGAUUUCCAUCAGCUACAAUUGAUCCAGAAGAUUUACGUUCCAUUCUUUAAUCUAAUACACAUGAGAUAUAUUUAGUUCGUAAUUUCUAGGGUACUCUUAGCAUUAUGAAGAAUAAGGCAUUCAAAGAGAGAUAGAUCAGAUUAGAAAAGAAAAAGUUAGAAGUAUUUUCUAAGAGAUUAUCAUAAGCAGAUAUGUAUGUAAGAUAAGAUUUCAUCAGAGUAUUGACUGAUGAAUUAAAAGAUAUUACAAAAGAAUUGUCAGAGAAAUUCAAUAUCUUCUUAGCUCCAGAUGACUUAGAAUCAAUAAAGGCUUUCGUUGUCUUUAAGAGUAAAGUUGAUCGUGAUCUAUUUUAUGAGAAAUAUAAUUAAGAUUGUUUAAUUAGGAAUGGCAUUUAUUUAUUUUAAAAUUAACCUUAAGAAUUAAAACUUAGAGGCUUAUAUACUAUAAGAGUAACAGAAGCACCUGAUCCUAAUGAAAUUAAAUGGGAAAAUAUGGAUUAUUAAGAAAAAAAUAAUAUUUAAAUAAUUCUUAUGCAUUUGGUCGUAGCAAUAAUAUUAUUAGCACCAUUGAUAGUAUUUGAAAAUAUGGCUUUGAAGAAUGCAAGAAACAAUACAGUCAAAUGUACUGAAUAUUGUUUGGAUAAUGAUUUUACAAGAACAGCUUAUUAUAUAAUAACAGGAUUUUGGAUAUUUAUUGCAGAUAUAUUAGGAUGGAUCUUUUUGGAAUUAAUCAUUAAUAAAGAAAAAUAAAUUUAUUUAGUUUAAGAAUAAAAAGUUAUUUUAAUUAGAAUUAUAGUCUAUUUGAUAUGUUAUACAUUAUUGGUACCAAUAUUAAUUUCAUGGGAAACAAUUGGAAAUAUUGUAUUAGUAAUUUAAAGUUAUACAUCAAUAGAAAAAUCAUUAAUUUUCAGUGAUGAUUUAGAUAGAAAAUGGAUUAUUAAUCAUGGAUUGAUAUUUUUAUGGGUAUCAAUAUUUUAUACUCUAAAAUUGAUUAUUUUAAGUAUUGUAUCAGGAUGUAGAUGUAUAAUUGGUGGAAUAAGAGAUUAGGAAGAAUUAUAAUUAAUUGGUUCUUUAUUAACAGAUGAAAAUGAUGAAGAAAGAUAAAGAUUGACUGGAUAAUUAAAAACUCCUGCAAAUAAUAAUACUAAUAAUAAUUAAUCUCAUUAAACUCUUUUUUUAUUAAAUUUAGAUGAGAGUGUAAAUUAUAAUGUUCAAUCAAGAUAGAAUUUAGAUAUCAAAACAGGAAAAUCAUUUAGACGUGAUUCUCCAUUAAUCAAUAGUAAUCCAACUUUUAAGACUGGACUUAGAUAUGCUAAAUUAUUAUUUAGUAUAUUCCUAUCAACAAUUAUAUCAGCAGGCAUACCUCUAUUACCACUAUUAGGAGCAAUACAAAUAGGAUUAUAAUAUAUUUAUGAUAAGAAUAUGUUAUUAAAAUAUCAUUGUUAUAAUGAAAAAUAAUAGGUAAAAUUAUAGGAACAAUUAAAAUCUGUAGGAAUUAUCACAUUGAAAUUUACCCAUUUCUUUCUUUUACUACAUUUAAUUUUUAGUGUAUUAAUUUAUGGUUACCCAUACAUUUAUACUUAGAAUGGUAUGGGAGUUUCAUAAAAUUGGAAUGAUGCCUCAAAUAAAUUAUUAUACAAAUUAAGUGCUGUUAUACCUCUUACUUUGCUAUUUAUAAUUUUAUUAGUGGCUCUUAUCAUUGAUUUAGUAUUUUUUGGAAUUAACAAUAAUUGGAAGAUUUAGUCUGAUUAAAUAGGAUAAGAUGUAUCCUAAAACCUUGAAGAUCAUGUUAGUAUGUUGAAAGAAUAAGGGAGUGCCAUUUCUUACAAUUUAAAACAUCAUCAUGAAUUUAAGGAUAUUUUGUUUAGUCAAAAAUAAGAAAGUAUAAGAGCUACUCUAAAUUAAUUCAAACAUUGA